UCCGGACUCUCUCAGGCGAUCAGACUGGACCAGUUAAAUGCACUUUCCGUUCAGCUGAUGUGUUGACUGGGCUGCUCCACGGCUGCAGAGCAAUCUCUCCUUACAGACGAGGGCCGACGCUUUUGGAGUUGGACUCCGCUGCUCUGGCCUAUUUUAAAACGGAGCGCCGCUCGCACCCGACUGCGCUUCCGCCAUGUUGUACUGAUUCAAGUUGUGCGUGAGUGACUGCUGCUUGGACCGAAGUGACAAGCCCCAGAAAUUGGUCGAGAGUCGGGGGGCUGUGACUGCGCCGGUGACGCAGGGAAAAACACCCAGAAGCAAGAGAGGGGAAACGUCGGAAUUAGAGAUCUUUCUAGCUGUGGGUCGGUGUCUCCUGCGAAAAGCCGUCACCAGUACCAGGCCACGCUUAUAUAAUAUACGACGACGCCGCCGCUCAAGGCUGGAUGUAGCCGGUGAAUAGAGGGGAAGUCAUAUCAAAUUCCUGGUUAUGCAAUGGUCUCAGCAGCUCAUCCAGAUCUCCAGGUGCUUGUGUCCGUCUCUCGCGUGUUCGGCCUCUCUUCCCUCUCCUCCACGGCUGAGGCGGCUCUGAUUUCCCUCCUGGUCAGCGCUGCAUAAAGAGGCCAAGAUUGCCAAGAUCUGCCCCGUGGCGAGCAUGACGGCCACCACGCGUGGCUCUCCGGUGGGGGGCAAUGACAGCCAGGGCCAGGCGCCUGAUGCUCAGAGCCAACCUCCGUUGCCACAGAAUCAGACUUCGUCUCCUAACUCAUCUAAUGAGAAUUCUCCAGUGAGCCCACCCAGCGAGCAUGGACAAGGGGAUGGACCUCCCCAGCUGGAGGAGGAGGAGCCCGCCUUCCCCCACACUGACCUAGCCAAGCUAGAUGACAUGAUCAACAGGCCUCGUUGGGUGGUUCCAGUUUUGCCAAAAGGAGAGUUAGAAGUCCUUUUGGAGGCUGCAAUAGACCUCAGUAAAAAAGGACUGGAUGUGAAGUGUGAGGCGUGUCAGAGGUUUUUCCGAGAUGGUCUGACUAUCUCGUUUACAAAGAUUCUAACAGACGAGGCAGUCAGUGGCUGGAAGUUUGAGAUUCAUCGGUGUAUCAUCACUAACACACACCGCUUGGUGGAGCUGUGUGUGGCAAAGCUCUCUCAGGACUGGUUCCCACUACUAGAGCUGCUGGCUAUGGCCACCAACCCUCAUUGCAAAUUCCACAUCUAUAAUGGCACGCGGCCCUCUGAGACCGUCCCUGCCGUAGCGCAGUUGGCCGAUGAUGACCUUUUCGCCAGACCACCCGACCCACGUUCGCCUAAGGGCUGGUUGGUGGACUUAAUAAAUAAAUUUGGCACAUUAAACGGGUUUCAAAUGUUGCACGAUCGCUUCAUGAGCGGCGAAGCACUGAACGUCCAGAUCAUCGCUGCACUUAUCAAGCCUUUUGGCCAGUGUUAUGAGUUCCUCACCUUGCACACAGUGAAGAAAUACUUCCUCCCUGUCAUUGAAAUGGUCCCCCAGUUCCUGGAGAACCUCACUGACGAGGAGCUUAAGAAAGAGGCCAAGAAUGAAGCCAAAAACGACGCACUGUCCAUGAUAAUCAAGUCUCUAAAGAGUCUUGCAUCGCGCGUACCAGGGCAAGAGGAGACUGUGAAGAAUUUAGAGAUUUUUAGGUUAAAAAUGAUUCUUAGGUUAUUGCAAAUUUCUUCUUUUAAUGGCAAAAUGAAUGCACUAAAUGAAGUCAACAAAGUGAUCUCCAGUGUGUCCUACUACACUCAUCGGCACAACCCUGAGGAGGAUGAAUGGCUCACUGCAGAGCGCAUGGCGGAGUGGAUCCAGCAGAACCACAUCCUUUCCAUCGUCUUGAGGGACAGUUUGCACCAGCCUCAGUACGUCGAGAAACUGGAAAAGAUCCUUCGCUUUGUUAUCAAAGAGAAAGCUCUUACCAUGCAGGAUCUCGACAACAUCUGGGCAGCACAGGCUGGGAAACAUGAGGCUAUUGUGAAAAAUGUCCAUGACCUCCUGGCCAAGCUAGCAUGGGAUUUUUCCCCUGAGCAGCUUGAUCAUCUAUUUGACUGUUUCAAGGCAAGCUGGACGAACGCCAGCAAGAAACAGCGUGAGAAACUGCUGGAGCUUAUCCGCCGCCUGGCCGAGGAUGACAAGGACGGCGUGAUGGCCCACAAGGUCCUCAAUCUGCUGUGGAACCUGGCCCACAGCGAUGAUGUGCCUGUAGAUAUAAUGGACCAAGCUCUGAGCGCUCACAUCAAAAUAUUAGAUUACAGCUGCUCACAGGACCGAGACACCCAGAAGAUCCAGUGGAUCGAUCGCUUCAUUGAGGAGUUGCGAACCAAUGACAAAUGGGUGAUUCCCGCCUUGAAACAAAUCAGAGAAAUCUGUAGCCUUUUUGGAGAAGCGCCACAGAAUUUAAGAAAGAAAAUGCGAAUUAACAUGCAAAUGAAUUUAGUGGGUCAAACCCAGAGGAAUCCACAUGUGUUUUACCGGCAUGACCUUAUCAACCAGCUGCAAAACAACCACGCUCUAGUUACGCUCGUGGCUGAGAACCUGUCGGCCUACAUGGAGACAAUGCGACAAUUCUCCAAAGAAGAACAGGCAGAGUUUGACCCUCAGAUAGUCCGACCAGGAAGCCGCUACAGCCAUGUCCAGGAAGUGCAAGAACGACUUAACUUCCUGAGGUUCCUUCUUAAAGAUGGCCAGCUGUGGCUCUGUGCCCCUCAGGCCAAGCAGAUUUGGAAGUGUCUGGCUGAGACUGCAGUCUUCCUCUGUGACCGCGAGGCCUGCUUCAAAUGGUACUCCAAACUUAUGGGCGAUGAACCCGACCUGGACCCAGACAUCAACAAGGACUUCUUUGAGAAUAAUGUCCUGCAACUUGACCCGUCCCUGUUGACGGAGAAUGGCAUGAAGUGCUUCGAGAGGUUCUUUAAGGCCGUCAACUGCAGGGAGGGCAAACUGGUAGCCAAACGUAGGGCCUACAUGAUGGACGACCUGGAACUCAUUGGCCUAGACUACCUUUGGAGGGUGGUAAUUCAAGGAAGCGAUGACAUUGCGAGCAGAGCCAUCGACUUGUUGAAGGAGAUCUACACCAAUCUUGGACCAAAAUUACAAGUCAAUCAGGUGGAAAUUCAUGAGGAUUUUAUCCAGUCGUGUUUUGACCGUCUGAAGGCCUCUUACGACACCCUGUGUGUGUUGGAUGGAGAUAAAGAUAGCAUAAACUGUGCCCGCCAGGAGGCAAUCCGCAUGGUGCGUGUUCUUACUGUGCUCAAGGAGUACAUCAAUGAAUGUGACAGUGAUUACCAUGAAGAGAGGACCAUCCUGCCCAUGUCCAGAGCGUUCCGGGGAAAACAUAUCACGUUGAUCGUGCGCUUCCCUAACCAGGGGCGCCAAGUGGAUGACCUGGAUAUCUGGUCACACACCAAUGACACAAUUGGCUCUGUGCGCCGCGGCAUCUUAAAUCGCAUCAAAGCGAACGCCGCACAUACCAAGAUAGAGCUCUUCAUUGGAGGGGAGGUGGUUGACCCUGCUGAUGACAGGAAGCUUAUUGGACAACUGAACUUGAAAGACAAAACGCUGAUCACAGCCAAGCUAACUCAGGUGAGCACCAACAUGCCCUCCAGCCCGGAGAGCUCGUCCGACUCUUCCACCGGCUCACCAGGGAACCACGGCAACCACUAUGGCGAUGGGCCCAAUCCUGAAGUGGAGAGCUGUCUUCCCGGCGUGAUCAUGUCGCUGCACACGCGGUACAUCUCCUUCCUGUGGCAGGUGGCUGACCUGGGCUGCCAACUCAACAUGCCCCUACUUAGAGAUGGAGCCAGAGUUCUCAUGAAACUCAUGCCUCCAGAUAACAAAACUGUGGAGAACCUGCGUGCUGUGUGUUUAGACCAUGCCAAGCUCGGAGAAAACAGCCUCAGCCCUUCACUGGACUCCCGUUUCUUUGGCCCCUCACCCUCACAAGUGCUCUACCUCAUUGAGGUUGUGUAUGCUUUGCUGAUGCCAGCCAGCGCCGCUUUGGGCGAGGAUGCUAGUGACUUUCAGUACAACUUCCUGAAGAGCGGUGGCUUGCCACUGGUGUUGAGCAUGCUCACCCGGAAUAACUUCCUGCCGUCAGCCGACAUGGAGACACGGCGCGGGGCUUACCUCAAUGCACUGAAAAUCGCCAAGCUCCUCCUCACUGCUGUAGGAUUUGGUCAUGUGAAAGCUGUGGCAGAGGCCUGCCAGCCCACCGCUGAGGGAAAUAUCCCCGUUUCCCCGAUUAAUCAGGCCACUCACGAUCAGGCUCUGGUGCUGCAGAGUGCCCUGCAAAACAUUCCAAAUCCUGCCUCAGAAUGUAUGCUGCGCAACGUAGCCAUCCGCCUGGCACAGCAGAUUUCUGAUGAGAAUUUCUUCCAGACAUCAAAGUCUAUUCCAGACAUCUGUGUCAUCAGAGAGGUACAGAAAAUAGUGUGGGCCUCAGGCUGUGGCACGGUGCAGCUUGUCUUUAGUUCUAAUGAAGAUAUCAGCAAGAUAUACGAGAAGACGAACGCAGCUAAGGAGCCAGAUGAAGAAGACGAGCAGGUGUGUUGCGAGGCCUUGGAAGUGAUGACAUUAUGUUUUGCCUUGAUGCCCACAGCCCUUGACACCCUCAGUAAGGAGAGGGCAUGGCAAACCUUCAUUAUUGACUUGCUGCUACACUGCCACAGCAAAUCAGUGCGUCAGAUGGCCCAGGAGCAGUUUUUCCUCAUGGCAACCAGGUGUUGCAUGGGCCACAGACCCCUCCUUUUCUUUAUUACCCUCCUUUUCACUGUUCUGGGGACCACCGCUAAGGAGCGAGCUAAACACGCCGGGGACUACUUCACUUUGCUCCGGCAUCUCUUGAACUAUGCCUACAACAGCAACAUCAACCUGCCAAAUGCCGAGGUGCUGCUCAACAAUGAGAUUGACUGGCUCAAAAGGAUAAGGGAUGAAGUCAAGAGGACAGGCGAGACCGGUGUGGAAGAGACCAUCUUGGAAGGCCACAUUGGUGUCACCAAGGAGCUUCUUGCCUUCCAGACUCCUGAGAAGAAGUAUUACAUUGGCUGUGAGAAAGGAGGCGCUAACCUCAUCAAGGAGCUGAUUGACGACUUCAUCUUCCCGGCGUCAAACGUUUACCUGCAGUACAUGAAGAGUGGCGAGUUCCCCACGGAGCAGGCCAUUCCAGUGUGCAGCGCCCCAGCCUCCAUCAACGCUGGCUUUGAGCUCCUGGUCGCGCUUGCUGUCGGCUGUUUCCGCAACCUCAAGCAGAUCGUCGACACGCUCACGGACAUGUACUAUUUGGGCGGUGAAACGUUAACAGAGUGGGAAUACCUGCCUCCUGUGGGCCCACGGCCAAAUAAAGGCUUUGUGGGUCUGAAGAACGCUGGGGCCACGUGUUACAUGAACUCUGUAAUUCAGCAGCUGUACAUGAUUCCUCCCAUUCGCCACGGCAUCCUGGCCAUCGAGGGCACGGGAACCGAUGUGGACGAUGACAUGUCAGGCGAUGAGAAGCAGGAGAAUGAGACGAACGUGGAUCCUCGUGAUGAAGUGUUUAGCUAUCACCACCAGUUUGACGAUAAGCCUGCCAGUAAAGCAGAAGACCGGAAGGAGUACAACAUUGGAGUUUUGCGUCACCUGCAGGUCAUUUUUGGCCACCUGGCUGCUUCCAGACUGCAGUACUAUGUCCCAAGAGGCUUUUGGAAGCAAUUCAGGUUAUGGGGUGAACCUGUGAAUCUAAGGGAACAGCAUGACGCUUUAGAGUUUUUCAAUUCUUUGGUGGAUAGUUUGGAUGAAGCACUGAAGGCCUUGGGUCAUCCCGCUAUGCUUAGCAAAGUGCUAGGAGGCUCUUUUGCCGAUCAGAAGAUCUGUCAGGGAUGCCCUCACAGAUAUGAGUGUGAGGAGUCAUUCACAACACUUAAUGUAGACAUCAGGAAUCACCAGAACCUUUUGGACUCAAUGGAGCAGUACGUCAAAGGAGAUCUCCUUGAGGGAGCCAACGCAUACCACUGUGAAAAGUGUAAUAAGAAGGUGGACACAGUCAAGCGACUUCUGAUCAAGAAGCUGCCGCCGGUCCUUGCUAUCCAACUGAAGCGCUUUGACUAUGAUUGGGAGCGGGAAUGUGCCAUCAAGUUCAAUGACUACUUUGAAUUUCCGAGGGAGUUGGACAUGGAGCCAUACACAGUAGCGGGCGUGGCCAAGAUUGAGGGCGAUGACGUCAACCCGGAGAGCCAAGUGAUCCAGCAGAACGAGCCCUCUGAACCCACCCCUGUGGGCAGCUCCAAGUACCGUUUGGUGGGGGUGCUGGUCCACUCGGGCCAGGCCAGCGGCGGACAUUACUACUCGUACAUCAUCCAAAGAAAUGGAGGCGAUGGCGAAAAGAACCGCUGGUACAAGUUCGAUGACGGCGACGUGACGGAAUGCAAGAUGGAUGACGAGGAGGAGAUGAAGAACCAGUGCUUUGGCGGCGAAUACAUGGGCGAGGUGUUUGAUCACAUGAUCAAAAGGAUGUCGUACCGAAGACAGAAACGAUGGUGGAAUGCCUACAUCCUUUUCUAUGAGCGUAUGGACUCCCUAGACAAGGACAGUGAGCUUGUCAAGUACAUCUCCGAGUUGACCAUCUCCACUGCGAAGCCGCAUCAGGUCAAGAUGCCUGGUGUAAUCGAGUGCAGCGUCCGCAAGCAGAACGUCCAAUUUAUGCACAACCGAAUGCAAUACAGCCUGGAAUAUUUCCAGUUCAUUAAGAAACUUCUGACCUGUAACAGUGUCUAUUUAAACCCUCCUCCAGGGCAAGACCACCUUCUGCCAGAGGCUGAGGAGAUUGCUAUGAUCAGUGCUCAGCUGGCUGCUCGGGUCCUCUUUAGCACAGGCUUCCACACCAAGAAAGUAGUCAGGGGUCCUGCCAGUGAUUGGUAUGACGCCCUUUGCAUCCUGCUGAGACAUAGUAAGAAUGUACGCUACUGGUUUGCACACAACGUCCUGUUUGCCUACCCCAACCGCUUCUCCGAGUACCUACUGGAGUGCCCGAGCGCUGAGGUGCGUGGCGCCUUUGCCAAGCUCAUCGUUUUCAUCGCUCACUUCUUGCUGCAAGACGGCCCCUGCCCCUCCCCCACUGCCUCGCCCGGAACAUCUGCUCAGGGCUGUGAUAACCUCAGUCUAAGUGACCACCUGUUAAGAGCUGUCCUCAACUUGCUCAGACGAGAGGUUUCCGAACACGGCCGUCACCUGCAACAGUACUUCAACCUCUUUGUCAUGUAUGCCAAUCUGGGCUUGGCAGAAAAGACCCAGCUGCUAAAGCUGAAUGUGCCUGCCACGUUCAUGCUAGUAGCGCUGGACGAAGGCCCCGGCCCCCCCAUCAAGUACCAGUACGCUGAACUGGGCAAGCUCUACACGGUGGUCUCUCAACUGGUCCGCUGCUGUGACGUAUCAUUGCGCAUGCAGUCGUCAAUCAAUGGUAACCCCCCUCUGCCUAACCCCUACGGGGACACCAACCUGACAGCCCCGGUAAUGCUGGUGCAGCAGCUUGUGGCUGAGAUCCUGUUUGUGAGGACCAGCUAUGUGAAGAAGAUCAUUGAGGACUGCAGCAACUCUGAGGAGACGGUGAAGCUUCUCCGCUUCAGCUGCUGGGAAAACCCCCAGUUUUCCUCCACUGUACUCAGUGAGCUACUGUGGCAGGUGGCAUAUUCCUAUAACUAUGAGUUGAGGCCUCACUUGGACUUGCUGCUACAAAUCCUUCUCAUUGAGGACUCCUGGCAGACUCACAGGAUCCAUAAUGUUCUGAAGGGAAUUCCCGAUGACAGGGAUGGUCUCUUUGACACCAUCCAGCGUUCCAAAAACCACUAUCAGAAACGGGCAUACCAGUGCAUCAAGUGUAUGGUGGCCCUCUUCAGUAAUUGCUCUGUGGCUUACCAGAUCCUCCAGAGUAACGGUGAUCUGAAACGAAAGUGGACGUGGGCUGUAGAGUGGCUCGGCGACGAGCUCGAGAGGCGGCCAUACUCCGGCAACCCGCAGUACACGUACAACAACUGGUCACCUCCGGUCCAGAGCAAUGAAACGUCCAACGGUUACUUCCUGGAGCGCUCGCACAGCGCACGCAUGACUCUUGCCAAGGCCUGCGAACUUUGUCCUGAGGAGCUCAAGUGUACUCAGGGAAGCCCAGGGAAGGAGCCAGAUGAACAGGAAGCCCCUGACGAUCAAGACUCUUCGCCGCCUGAGGACACUUCUUUGUACCCACACUCUCCUGGAACGACACAGUUUCAGCAGAACAACCACCCACAUGGGCAGCCAUACACUGGCCCCGCCGCGCAGCACAUGAACAACCCUCAGCGCCCCGGCCCUGCCUCAGCUCCACCCCCGGGCCCCACGCAGGCUCCGACUCCAGUUCCAGCCCCAGGCCCCGGCGGCCCCAGCCCAGGCCCGAGAGCACAAGAGAAUUCGGAGAGCACGGAAGAGAUAGCCCCUGCCCCGACCCCAGCCCCCGCCUCCACCCCGGCUCCCGCCCUGCCUAAGGAAUAACGCCACCUUUCCUCGAAGCCUCCUUUACCGCCUCAUCCCUCCUCUGCUGUGCCUGGAUCCUCUGUCGACCCGCUCUCCUUACUCCUCUGCUCUUCUUGGUUCUCAGAGCGUAGCCAGCGGGGGGGGGGCACAGGAGUGGAGAAAGUGAAUUUGAAGAGUUCUAAAUCAAUAAAUGGAGAAAAAAAAAAAAAAAGAAAAAAACCCGAACUGGCGAUGAUGGAAGGUGUACAUAAUGUUAAUGUUUGGUGACUGUUGGGAUUGCCCAAUAGCAUCACUCGCUGUGCUUCGCUGUUGGGAUAGAGGUUGCAGAUCAUACUGAUGACAACAAUGGAUACUAUACAGAAAAACAUCCCUGCCCAAAAACGAAACACUUUGUUUUCGUCACCCAUGUUCCGCAGUCAAAGUUUGCUCCAGCCAUGGGAUGGUUUAACGGCCAUUCAACUGUAGAAGAAGAUGCCGAAGAAGGAUGCGUUUGUUAUUCUCACCAGUAUGUUGUUGUUGUUCAUUAGCUCCCCCUGGCGUCAAGUUUGUUUGAUGGCUGGGUGGGCUUUUACGCUGUUGGACGUGAAAAAGCAGUUAAUGCAACAUUUGGUCGACGAAUCAUUGCCUUUUUUUGGGGUUUUUGUUAAUAUUUUUUAUGCUCAGUCAAUAUGCUGUAACAUUUAGCAUGGCUUCUCACCAGAAUAGUGUAGCCCGAGCAAGGACGUUCAUAACAACCUAAAGCUGUUCUUAUUCCACAUCUUCACAGGGGGUGCGUUACUCUGAGGAUUUUUUGUUGUUGUUUUCUACUCAUCUACAAUGAGGGCAAUAUUUUUGAACCAAUGUACGACUAAGUGGCUUUUCAAUUCCACAUUUAAUCCUACUCAUUUGGCAGUGGAGUUUGGCCGGUGGGAUAGACGGCUUAGGGAGGAAAAAAAUCCCCCACGUCCCAACCCCAGAAAAAAAAAAAAAGAAUGCAACAGAAUUGCAGCACCGGCGACCAUCUUUGUGGUGUAUCAUAGACAGCGUGGUUUAGCUUCCGUCACCUCUGUGGAGCCGGCACCACCCAUGCCAUGUUGAGAUGAGACCUGCUUGGGGUUCACCCACCAGUCACAACACAGGAGGUGGUGCUUAGGAAUAGCAGCUGGUUAGUCACAUUGCAACUAACUUGUGAUUCUGUAGUAAAAAGGUAAACAUAAGUAAAUACUGUAUUUAAUUGGUAACUUGAAUACGUGUUUUUCUUUCCUCUUUUUUUUUUUUUUUUUUGUCUAAAACAUACCAAAUACUCCUGCAAAUGAAAAUAUUCUGCCCACCGUAUUAUAUUUAAAUAUUUUGCUCUUAUUUUAUAGAAUUUAUUUUGUUGUAUUUCACUAAAAAAUAGAAUUUGAUUUAAAAGGAACAUUUUUGUCCUUUUGUUAUUUUUAAAGACAAUAUUGACUGUACAGAGUUCUAAUCUGCGCCCUGUUUUUUGCCGACUUUUGUUUUGGCCAUGGUGUGACAUUGAAUUCUGGAGCUACAGUCGCGAUGUGGACUUUCACUUUGUGAGGUUUUUUUUGUGCACAGAAAUAUAACAAAAAAAGCAUUGCGCCCUUAGCAAAUAAAGAACAUGGAAUCUU